UCAAUUAUCAAAUUAUUGUAAACCAAUCGGAGUAGUAAAUCCAAAGCUUUCAAACGAACAAACCCUUGUCUCCUCUGUCCCUCUCUCUGUGAAAUUCAAAACCCUUGCUCUCGUCUCCGAUCCGCUUCCCGUAGUUUCCUUCUUCUUCCAUUUUCUCCAUCAAUCAUGGCGGACGACCCUGUUGCUCCAUCUACGCCGUCGGUUUCUUCUUCUGCUGCUCCCCUAGGCAGUUCCGUCAUACCUAUAGUUAACAAGCUUCAGGACAUCUUUGCUCAGCUCGGCAGCCAAUCCACAAUCGAGCUCCCGCAGGUCGCUGUUGUCGGCAGUCAGAGCAGUGGCAAAUCCAGCGUACUCGAGGCUCUCGUUGGCCGCGACUUCUUGCCUAGGGGCUCUGGUAUAUGCACCAGGAGGCCUCUGGUGCUUCAGCUAUUACAAACUAAGACCGACAAGGAAUACGGUGAGUUCCUCCACUUGCCAGGGCAGAAGUUCUACGAUUUUUCUGAGAUUCGGAAGGAAAUUCAGUCUGAGACUGAGAGGGAAGUGGGUGGAAACAAAGGUGUCUCAGACAAGCAGAUUCGGUUAAAGAUUUUCUCCCCAAAUGUUCUUGACAUUACACUAGUUGAUUUGCCUGGCAUUACAAAAGUUCCAGUUGGAGAUCAACCUUCUGACAUUGAAGCACGAAUUAGGACGAUGAUCAUGUCUUACAUCAAACGUCCAACCUGCUUAAUUCUUGCUGUCACACCAGCAAAUUCUGAUUUAGCUAAUUCAGACGCUCUUCAGAUUGCAGGAAAUGCUGAUCCUGACGGUAUAAGGACCAUUGGUGUAAUUACAAAGCUGGAUAUAAUGGAUAGAGGUACAGAUGCACGAAAUCUUUUACUAGGAAAAGUGAUUCCUCUACGACUUGGUUACGUUGGGGUUGUCAAUCGCAGUCAGGAGGAUAUUUUACUGAAUCGGAGCAUUAAAGAUGCCCUCGUGGAUGAGGAGAAGUUUUUCCGCACCCAUCCGGUUUAUAAUGGUCUAGCUGAUCGUUGUGGCAUUGCUCAGUUGGCAAAAAAGUUGAACCAGGUUCUAGUACAACAUAUUAAAGCUGUAUUUCCUGGGCUGAAGUCGCGAAUAAGUGCUGCUUUGGUUUCUGUUGCAAAGGAGCAUGCCAGUUAUGGAGAAAUAACAGAAUCAAAGGCUGGUCAGGGUGCUCUUCUUCUGAAUAUUCUUUCAAAAUAUUGUGAAGCAUUUUGUUCUAUGGUUGAGGGAAAAAAUGAAAAGUCAACAGACAAGCUCUUAGGUGGAGCUCGCAUUCACUAUAUUUUCCAAUCAAUCUUUGUGAAGACUUUAGAGGAAGUUGAUCCAUGUGAGGACUUGACUGAUGAUGACAUUCGUACUGCCAUCCAAAAUGCAACUGGCCCUAAAUCUGCAGUAUUUGUACCGGAUGUGCCCUUUGAAGUACUUAUUCGCAGGCAAAUCAUUCGCCUACUAGACCCCAGUUUGCAGUGUGCCAGGUUUAUAUAUGAUGAGUUGGUACAGAUCAGUCAUCGAUGUUUGGCAAGUGAAUUACAAAGGUUUCCGGUUCUGAGAAAGCGGAUCGAUGAAGUUAUUGGGAACUUUUUGCGAGAAGGUCUUGAACCCUCAGAAACCAUUAUAGGACAUCUCAUUAACAUUGAGAUGGGCUACAUAAACACCUCACACUCAAAUUUUAUUGGAGGAAGUAAGGCUGUGGAGAUUGCCCUGCAGCAGGUCAAGUCUUCUAGGGUUCCUUCGACUGUUCCAAGGCUGAAGGAUGGCGUGGUUGAACCUGAUAAAGCACCACCAUCUGAGAAAACUUCAAAAUCUCGAGCUUUCCUUGCCAGACAUUCAAAUGGCUUUUUGACUGAGAAGGGUGCUCGGCCUUCAGGUGAUGGUGAUAAAGUUGCGCCUUCUGUUGAUUUUUCAGGGGCAACGGCAAAUAGUUCAAGUUGGGGUAUUUCGUCUAUUUUUGGUGGGAGUGAUAACCGUACAUCUGCCAAAGAAAGUUCAACAAGCAAACCAUAUAACGAACACGUUCUCAACACAGAGCAGUCCUCCUCCAUGAUCCAUUUGAGAGAGCCACCAAUUGUACUGAGACCUUCAGGAGGGUGUUCAGACCAGGAGAUUAUUGAAAUUGCGGUCAUAAAACUGCUCCUGAAAUCAUAUUAUGAAAUCGUCAGAAACAAUAUAAAAGACUUGGUUCCAAAAUCCAUCAUGCAUUUCCUGGUUAACCAUACCAAACAGGAGAUGCACAAUGUCUUCAUAAAAAAACUUUACAGAGAAAACCUGUUUGAAGAGAUGUUGCAGGAGCCUGACGAGGUGGCAAUGAAGAGGAAGCACACACGAGAAACCCUCCGUGUUCUACAACAGGCUUUUCGGACAUUGGAUGAAUUACCUUUGGAAGCGGAGUCGGUCGAGAGAGGUGGUAAUCCAACCGGAGUACCGAGGAUGCAUGGAAUGCCAACAUCAUCCAUGUAUUCUACCAGCAGUUCGAAUGAUACAUUCUCCCCUUCUCCCAAGAAUCCAAAGCCGCGAAAGUCAUCGUACUCGGGGGAGCUUCAGGUACCAUUAUACGGCAAUUCAGAUUCUAAUGGGAACGGUCGAUCAUCUAUGCCCAGCCUCUAUCCAAAACUUGAUCUAUAAUAACCCUCCAUGUGCAUAGCCCGUCCAAAAUGAACAUUGAGCCAUCACAUUCAUUUGGUUUCGAGUCCAACAAGUGGAGCUAAUGGAAUUCCUUAGUCCCCAACAAAACGAAGGUGCUUUUUAUUCUUCCAGCAGAUUCUUUCAAAGUCAACCAUUUUUUUGAAAAAGAAAAAAAAAAAUUCAUCUCCCUAUCCCGUGUCGUUCCCCGGAAAAAAAAAGAAAAAGAAAAAUAAUGCGGAGCAGUUAGCAGCAGAUGAACUCACUCUCCUCUCCCCUUAGUUUGUUUGAUAAAAAGUUAGCCAGUUUUGGUUUAAAAAAACAUGGCUAGUUUUUGAGAUUAUACCAUGAAUGAGACUUGAAAAUUGAAUUGGCAGGUGUAUCUUGUUUAAUGUUUAGUCCAGUAGUUUUUCUCUGUAGUCGUAUUAUCAUUGGAUCAUAUUAUGUUGAGAGUUUUAAGAUUUAAUGUUUGUAGUCUGUUUAUAUCAAUGUUGAAAGAGAUUCUCUCACUCCUGGUUAUAGAGGGAAAAAAAAAAA